CAAGAACGAAUUAGGGUUCUUCGGGUUUAGGGUUCCAAAAAACCAAGGCGACGCCGUCUAUUGUUUCUGCGAGUGUGGGCGCGUCUGAGAUCGGAUUGACAAACGGUUUUCGCUGAUAGAUUCGUCUUGUCCAGAGCUUCAAUUUGAUAUGUAGCGCGUCGUCUGGUUCCUUGGGGUUUGAGAGAUAGAUUGAUUUUAAGUUACGUCUGGAUUAGGGUUUAUGUGUGACGGAUUUUAGGUUAGGUUUUGUCUCAGGGUUUUGGAGUCUAUCGUGCUGAUAACGUGUUGUGAAUGAAGAGGGGAACUUGUGUAUAUUAUUAGAUCGACCAACUGGUCUUUAUAUACAUAUGGUAAUGACGGUCUAAGUACUGGAUCAACAUGAGAUCGUACUUAUCCUUAACUAGAUAAUGACUAGCAAUACGUAAGAUAAACACCAACUAUAAUGUAGAUAAACACAAAAGUAGAUAGGCGCCAGUAUGAUCAUGCGGAUGGGCUUAGCCCGUCUUGUUACACGGACUGAUAAAUGAGUCGAUCACUAAAUGGUUUAUAACAAUACCCAUUUUAUUAGUAAAGUUGACUGAUAAUAAAUAAAAAAGACAAACACACGAUUAGCGUAAAAUGGAAUCUAUAUUAUAAAUGAUCAUCUUCUCUACAUGUAUAAUUGUUUAAUUUUAAAUAAUUUAUUUGAAAUAAUUAACUUUUUUUUUCAAAUACCACUUCUUCAAAUUACGUUUGAAAAUACAAGUAGCGGUUAUUAUGUUUAUUAAGGAAAAUUAGAAACUUGUAAAGUAAUUUAUAGAUUUUCUACUGUAACUAGCAAGAAACUAACGCUUUAAAAACUUCACUCUUGAACAAUUUCCUCAUAAAUUUAAUCACACGAGGAGAAUCUAUCAAUGAAUCCACUUCUAUACUAUAAACAGGUGCUUUGGUAUUUUUUCUCUUUAAAUUAACCUUUUUGGUUAACCAAUUUUCUGACCAGGUUGAACCAAGCUUUUAGUUGUUCUUUUUCCUUUCAUCCAAUCUAUUAAUUUAGGGUUAUAUUUAAAUUCUACCAUGGCAUUUUGUUUUGUUUUAUACCUAUUGAACAUGUUGUUGACUUAAUACGAACCUAUAAUAUUAUAUUAUUUAAACCACUUAAUAUUAUUUCAUCUAAUUAAUUAUACUGUAUUAUUUAAGGAAGGUGUAUUCACAUAAGAUAGUCUAUGCAUGUAUGUUUUAUGAUCAUAAAUGAUAUUUAACUUUUUAAUAUAUUUAUUAAGAAUACAUUUAUACAUUCAUAGACAUAAAAACACACAUACUUAAUAAACUUCACUUAUAUACUAUAUUACAAAAAUAUGAAUUACAUAUAUAUAUAUAUACAUGACGUUACAUAGAAUACAUAUUUGACAAUCAUAUACGGUAAUAAUUUUAUAAUAAGUUUCACAAUGGCAGUUUUUAUAUAUUUAGUCAUUUAUAAAAUAGACCGACACGUUUAUAUGAUUGUCAAAUACCAUUAUAUUUUUACAUGAUAAUAUAAUGAUAUAAUUUUUAAUGAUUACCAUUAUACAAUAAAUUAUAAUUUAAAAAAGAUUUUGAAGGUAGAUGCUAUAUUUAUUGUUACACAGAAUAUUAUACCACGAUUUUAGUAAAUGGAAUAUACCUAUGCUAGAAUUAAACUACUAACUGAAAUUGUGUAUAUCUUCUUAACUAAUUCAUUUAAAAUCUAUACUAUUAAAAGGAAAUUAUUUUUAAAAUCUAAUGCAAAGAAUUUUUAGACCUAUCUAAAAAUAAAUAAAUGUAUUGUAUGAAUUUAGAAUUCUUUUUGAAAUUUACCCUGACAUUUUUUUUUGGACCUAUUAAACAUGUUGUCACUUGACCAAACCAAAAACCAAAUAAGUAAACACAAAUCAAAACCAAAUUCAUAAUUAACUGAAUAGUUUCUAUAUGUCUUGAAGCAAAAACUAAAAAUUACAACCGAACCGGAACCAAACCGAAAACAAAAAAAUAUAAUGUGGAAGCAAACUGAAAACCGAUCGUCCAUGUCUAAACAUAUUAGUGAGCAAACAUACAUGUUAAUAAAUUUAUCAACAAAAUAUAAUCCUAGCUAGUAACGAUUAAACCAAAAAUAGUGAAAUACAUAAUCUUAUUAGUUAACCAACUGUUUAAGUCUCGAAGAUCAGGAUAAAACAGUAAAACUCUAUCACUCCAUAAGAAAGAAUCAUACAAACAAAUUGAAGAGGCGUUUGUAGACAAAAAAUAAUAAUUUAAAAGGCGUUUAAUGAAAGUGGAAUAAAGAAAAAGAUAGGCGUCUUCAUAAAGCUAGCGUGUACGAAGCUGUAUGUGCAUGUAUACACGACCGUAUAAAUACCGAUCACAUGAGCUCACAUUUUUUUCAUCCAAUAACACUCAAAGCUAAUCAACUACACAAACUGAAAAGGAUGAAUUUUAUGUUUUACUUCCUUCUUGCCUUAACCACUGUUUUGGCUGUGACCGCAAGCCCCGGCCAACCAGUUCUCGACAUUAAUGGUGAUAUUAUAUCGGACGGCAGUUACUACGUUAUUCCCCUCAACUAUGGCACUAAAGGUGGCGGUCUCACCCUCUCCCCUCGUGGUGACAAUUUAUGUCCCCUCUUUGUCGGGCAGAGAAUUUCAGAGGUCAACAGGGGCAUUCCCGUAAAAUUCUCAAACUGGAGGUCUAAAGUUCAGUUCGUUCCUCAAUCAGAGAACCUCAACAUCGAGAUGGACGUCAAAGCUAAGUUCUGCGUUCGGUCAACCUAUUGGUGGGUGACGGCUGCCGAAAGUCACUUUAGGAAGUUGUUCGUAACGGCUGGUCCUAAGCCAGAACUUGGAGAAGAUACCUCGAAGAGUUUCUUCCAGAUCAAGAAAACUGGAGUUUUGGUUAACAGUUACACGGUUGCGUUUUGUUCCAAGGAUAACGGUUGCAGCGAUGUCGGGAUAUUUAUGGACGAACAUGGCAUUCGUCGUUUGGCUUUAGGCUCUAUGCCACUCCCAGUUAUGUUCAUGAAAGCUACUGAGGAAGAUACUUCGUCCAAGAAUAUGUAUAUAUUAUCUGAGUGAAAUUAAGGACAAAAAAUUAAGAGUAUAUUAGAGUUUACGACUAAUAAUAAAACUCUUCAUAUGUUCAUCAAUCAUUUGUAUGUUAAUCAUGAAAAAAUCUCAAAGCACGAGGCCGGUAAAAGAAAGAGAUCUCGUGAAAGGUGCUUGCAAAUUAAAUACUCUUUUGAUUCUUUUUCCUCACCAACAGGGCAAUACAAGGACUUAUGCAAAUAAAAUGACAUUCCUUGACUAUAAAUUCAUUCAAUUUUCUUAAAUCGGGAGAAGGUUACAAGUUUGUGUGGUGCCUUACUCAUGAUUUAGGAGGUACCAGUAAACUUUACAGCUCGGACUGCAAAGAUAUUGGGAUAUUCUUAGAUGAAGAUCGAGGGAGUUCAGUUUCUGGUAUUCAGUGAUGAGCCUUUAGUUUAAAUAGUUUAUUAUGCCACCACUACAAGAAAACAACGGUAUUCUGACGGACAUUCGACGGAAAAUGAAAUCCUCGGAAUUUCCGAGGAAACCCAAAAUUUGGGUUUCCU